CAAAGAAAAAAUACAUAAAUAAAAUUAAUAAAAUGUGAGAAUUAUUAAAUGUAAAAUACAAAAGAUAAAAAUAAAAUUAAAGACAAAAAUAAAGAAAUUAAAUAAGUAGAAAAGAGAGAAAACAAAGCUGCUCGUCAGUAUUCAGACUUCCUGAACAACAGCAGAAAAACAUGGAAUUAAAAGAAAAACUUUAAAGGACAGAAAAGCAGCUUCUCAGUUUGUCCUCUGCAGCGUUCAGACAUUCAGGCCCGCGGGCGGCCACUCAACCCUCCAGAGACCCGCCUCUAAUAGCCCGCCGCCUGGUUUCACAUCGCUGAGCGACACGGCAAGCGGCUGGAUGUUAAAACAGGCUGUUCAGCAUGUGCACGAACACAGAACAAGAGACCCAAACACUGCAGGAGGCUGGAAACACUUGAUGUAAAGGAGCAGAACACUCCGAGGAUCAAACAGCACAAAUAAAUGAUCAAGAAAACACCAAACAGCUUCUGAAAUAUGAGGAUGUGCAAGUAACGGGACAAAAUGAAAGACACAAACAUGCCUUCUCACAAUUACCUGAACAUUUAUAGAUCAGUCAUCAGAGAUCUGGGUCGACCGUAUAGACGUUCAUUAAUAAACUGGACUGCUGGGAAAUCUGUCGGUGCAUUCAAGGACACUCCCACAUCUAAGAUUUAAUGUCAUAAAAUGCAGGAAAUAACCAAAUCUUUACCGACAACAGCCCAUAGGAAAGCAUGACAGUGUUUCUGAUUCAGUCAAACAUGAAUCACAGAAUAAAAAGUGUUUCCCACUCAGGACAAUAAACACCUCUACAGAGAAAAUACAGCUCAGCGCUGCAGUGCAAGAGCCUACAUUUAUUUUUAUUUUUUUUUUUAUUUUUUUUUUUUACAUUUAUUAUUGUUGUUUUUAUUAUUAUUAUUAGUACUAACAGUAUUAUGUCACAUGAAAGGAGUUGGCCUUCAUCUGUUACUUUUGUAAUGUGACCUUAACCUGUAUCAGUUUUACUGACAUCAUUUGUUUAUUAGCAUUGUGCCUCUGUCUGUUUUAUAUUUUUAAUAUUUCAAUAUUUUAUUUUAAAGUUUCACACUCUCCUUUAAAAAACACAUGAUUUAUGUAUGAUAUUAAAUUAUUAAGUGAAUUUUUUUUAAACUGGGCAAAUUAAGUAUAUAAUAAAUAUAAAUAAAUCUGAAAUUAUGGAAAUACAAUAAAUUAAAUGAAUAUGUGGCCGAGCCAAGCAGCUCUGUACAGAGUGAAUGAAUAUUUUUACACGAGUUCCUUAAACAGACGUUUACAAAAAGGGAUUAAAUUAUUCUUUUAUCACCUUAUUAAAAUGAUUCAGUAGAUUUAGUUCUUUUCCAACCACAAUUAGAUCCCAAAAAAAACUGCAAAAAAAAAUGAACACAUUGUGUUAAUGUCACCAAAUAUUAAAUAUUCAACACGGAAAGCCUGAGUAGGCGAGGUCACCUGUGUCACCUGCCGUCGUCGGUGAUGAUGUCACAGCGGCUCAUGUUCCGAAGGCCGGGUUUGGGCCAGGGAGCAGAAAUGUGCCCACAUCAACACCGCAGCACCUUGCCGUGUGACUGUGGUGAUGACAUCACCUCUGCGGUUCUCUGGUGGGAAACGCAGUCGACUCUAUUGUGUUUUUAUCCAUUUCUACUGUUUCUGUAUCAACAGAACAACAUUAAUUACGCGGCGAUGAUGGCGGCAGUGAUGCUAGUGUGUCUUUAAACUUGUGUUUUCCCACCGGCUGCAGAAACCCGACAUAUGUUUACAGGAAGCCGGUCGUGUCUGUGCAGGUCUGAGCUGAUAAAGCCAGACUGAGGAUUAUGGUAAUAACAGGCUGCCACCGACUGACUGACUACAGAACGGGUGGGCGGGCUGCAGACUCUUAUCAGCGUGUUGCAGUGGGCGAUUCUUCACGUGGUCACGUGACGGGCGACACCUCUGCUCACAAUGCAGCCCCAUAAAGAGAAACUGCUCCACGGUUUUAUCUCCAAACCAGAGAAAAUGACUCGAUGCAGCAGCGUGAUUGUUUUAAAAAUGUGGCGUGUUCAAAAGCGAGGACUCGGACAUCACAUGUGAUCGCUGAUAAUCAGUAAUUACAUUUACCUCCGUGCUUAUUGUCAGCGUCAGAGGGGGUGCCGUGUUUUUUCAAAAGCCUGCGAAGUCCCAAAAAACAAACUGAGACAAAAAUGUAAAGAAAAGAAAGUGAAACAAACAUUUUGAGGUAAAAAUCAGAUUUCGUGCAGUCAGAGGAGAAUGUCUCAGCGGCGUUGUGGAGCUGACGCACCCCGCCAUCAACUCAUCAGAUAAGAACGCCGCUCUGCGGCUCCUUCGGCCGAGCUGGUGACCUUCAGGUGAUGGAGGCAGAAACACAUUUCCUGGAGCAGACUUUUUUCAGAAGGACAGUUUCUUCUGCUCACAGUGAGAUUGCGGAGAGGACGCCUGGUGUUUCCUUUCAGGACGCAGAAUGGGUUGAAACUGUAUGUACAGUUGCCAAGGAGACAGUAGGCAGAGGGGUAGUUAGAGGCUGUUCGCCAACACGCCCUCUGUUUUCAUUCACGCUGCUUCCCCGCUUCAUCUCCAGCAGUCACUUGAGGAGACGCUGGCAGAGCCUGACACAGGUGAACUUUUCAGAGGAGAACUCCUGUUCGUGUUCCGAUGCUUACUCCAUCCAGGAGACAACUUCACUCCAGCAGAGUUCCGAGUUUCUGCUCUGUGUCUUUGCAGAGGGAGCGCUGCUGCAGCUUUAAAGGGACAUAAUUGAGUGUCAGUGAUCACCACAUCAGCUAAUGCAGGCAAUCAUCGAGCUCGCCCCCCAAACAGAGACACAGAUUCCCAUCAGCAGCCUCAGCUGUGCGCCCGUCACGCUCCCACGCUCACUUCAAUUCUCAUUUCUCUUCUGGUUGCAGCUCGCUGGAGCCUGAGCUGAGGAAUUAUCUGCUGUCAGGACCUGCCCGGGACGGAGGUGGGGGGGCGAGCCAUGCUGUCCGCCGCUGUUCAGAUCCUGGCGUUCGCCUUGGCACUCCUGGGCGUCCUCGGUGCUGUCGUGGCCACCCUGAUGCCCAACUGGAAGGUGAGCAUCAAUGUGUGGACCAGCAUCAUGACCCCGAUAUCGCAGAUGCAGGGACUGUGGAUGGACUGCGUGUGGUACAGCUCCGGCAUCUUCAGCUGUACCAUGAAGAACUCGGUGCUGUCGCUGCCGCCGCACCUGCAGGCCGCGCGGGCCGGCAUGGUCCUGUCCUGCGUAGUAGCGCUGUUCGGACUCUGUCUCGCUACUUUGGGGCUCAAAUGUACUCGCUGGGGGGGCAGCCACCGAGCAAAGGGGCACACAGCCAUCGCUGCAGGGGGUUGCUUCAUCCUGGCCAGCCUCCUCUGCCUCAUCCCUGCGUCCUGGUUCACCAACGAAGUCAUCACUGCCUUCCUGACCACAGACCUGCCGGACAGCAGUAAAUAUCAGCCCGGCGGAGCUCUGUGCAUCACGUUCAUCUCUGCUGGAUUCCUCCUGGCCGGGGGGGUCAUUUUUUGUUUGUCGUGUCCCGGAAAGAGAACGAGACGGCCAGAUCGCGCUUCCCCCGCCGACCCCGACAGAUUCACGCUGCACCCAGAUGAGCGGAGGAGGCAGGGGCUGCAAGCUGAACGCAAUCAGCCGAAAAACAGAAAGAAGACGGUCCAGCUGCAGGUGGACGCCGUGAAGCGGGAGAAACCCACACCAUGCAAGGGGCAAGAGCUCCACUCGUCUCCAUCCAAACUCCCUCAAACAGACAUCAAGGACAGCUACAGCCUGCAGGAGUACGUCUGAAGCUUGCGGCUGUGCUGAAACGUGGAGCUGAAGCUGAGGCGCUCUGGCUUGUCUGGAGGGGGAGGUGUGUGUGAAUGGGAAUAAUUACCAAAUGUUGGAAAUGACAGAUUGUGGGUUGAGUCGAACGUCUCAGCAGCAGAGAGAAAAAAUCUGCAGACUGUAAAUCCUUUAAAAACUGCCUGCCACAGCUUUCUGAUACCAAAGGCCUAAAGGCAAAAAUACAGAACCUGCUGAUUAUGAAAAAAAAAAAAACAGACAUUCAAGCUGUGACUGAAAUGGAAAAGCCAUCAUUUGACUUCAUUUUGCAGCUGCAGCUGCAGUCUGCCUUCAUACACUCAGCCAUGCACUAACAGGGCCGGCCCAAAGCUUUCUGGGGCCGUGACAGGACUUUAAAAGCCAAACCCCCACCACACACACACCAAACACCACAUUACACUUCAGAAAGACAUGUUGGCCAUACAUUUUAAUAAUACUGUGUAGAUAUGUGAUGUUCAGAUACAUCAUCGGAUUGUGAAACAAAAAUUAUAAAAUAAUGUCAAAAAGUUGAAAAAAAACCCUGUUUGUUUCAGCACAUCCAGCUGAUGCUGUUAGUUUGGCAGAUUUAAACUGAACCCUGACCUCAGAGUGAGGCUCAAAGUCACCUGUCACUUCAUACUGUGAAGUCUAAGUCGUUCAUACUGCUCUCCAUAUCACACGAAGUGAUAAUUGUUGGUGAUCAAAGUUAAGAACCAACAACAUCAAACUGACACAUUUUCCCCCUGCGGUGCUGCAUGUUCCUAAAAAACAGAAAUAAAAAAAAAAGCUUUAAGCAGCUUCAUCACCAAAGCAACAGCUCCGCCUGUUUGUCACUGUUUGUUCAGUGUGAAUGAAACACGCCGAGUGCUUUCAGAUCCAAGACAUCCACAUUUAAAAAACAAGAGUAAGAACAGGACUGGAUCAUCUGCAGCUAGUUUUCAGUGAUAUCCAGUAAACAGGCUGAUUCCAAAUCAGCUGUUUGUUAUCACAAAAAAUACUUUGACGAGUCCAAAUGAUUCUAUCAAUGUUUUUAUAAUUACAGAGAAAGUAAAGUGUCACAAAGGGCUGAACUUUUAGUCACAGAAUAUGACAACUGUGGAACGUAUGAAGGGAACUUUAAAACAUCUUAAAACAUCUAAACACAGCUGAACAAACUUGAUGAACUUUGCUACUUUGCAUAUUUUUGAGCUCCUCGACGUUCAAACCCAGAAAAUGUGUAAUUUAAUUUAAUGUAACUCAUUUUAUCCACUUCACUCAUUUUUUCUUGGUUACACAGAAACUUUCUUCCAUGUAUAUCAUUGCAUAAAACGCAGCAACAAUAUUCAUUUUAAUAUUUUGUCAGUAGCAUUUUUGCUAAUCACUGUGUGCGAUAAUUGCUUCAUACCAGCUGCUAAGCUAAGUAUGCUAAAGAAGCUGACUGUGGGCUGUUUUGCUGGAUAACAGCACAGCCGUAAACCACAAUGAAAUCUGCCACAGAACAUUAGCAGCAUUAGCAACAUUAGCAGCAGUCGACUCACCUAACCUAACGAGAAAUUAGCAAAUAACAGCAUGUUAGCUGAUGGUUCAGACAAAAUUUCUUUUAUUGUUUUUGUUUUGUUUUGUUUCCUCUUUUUUUCUUUUUUAACACAAGAUGGUGAGUUUUAAAAAAAAUGUAUGUCAUAGCUCAUCCUGCUUAUGGUCCAUCAUAGUUCACAGAUUAUUGUCUGUAACAUUAAAAAACAUCACCUUGGGCACAAUUUCUGAAAAGACCCAUUAACUGAUAACUGUGUGCAAGUUUCAUUAAAUCUUAUCAAAACUGUAGAAGACGUAGGAAUCGCUGUGAGUUCUGGAGAUAGAUGCUUCACCAUAGCACGAGCUCACUGGACCUUCAGCCGGAUGAGCUAAAGAACAAUUUUAAAAACUAUGUGGUGAGAAUAAAAUUAUUAAACAAGUUUAUUUAAAAAAAAUGUUGCCUAAAUAAUAUUUUUUUUAGUUUAUUUGUAUUUUUCAUCUAAUUAUUUGAAACUUUUGAGUUGAUUUAAUCUGUAAUGCACAAAAAAAGCUGCCUUACUUCAUGAGAAAUAUCCUGUGACUCACAGCAAAUCUUUCUGCGAGGAUUAGCGACACCAGUAAAAUGAAGUGUUAAAGCACUGCUUUCAGUGUCUUAGAUCCAAAAGGAAAAAAUCAGGUGCAUAGUUUCAUCUGGUCGUGUGCCCCCUGCUGGUCAGAGGCUGUGGUUUCAGAUUGAGUUCAUGCUGUCAGUGAUUCAGUUGCUGUUUAAAGUUAGUGAACAAUGCUGUUGAACAAAUUGUGCCUGAAGCAAUAAAAACAAUG